UCUCUGUGUGCGCGCGCGCGCGCGCGUUUUCCCUCUCUUCUUCCCCUCUCCCUCUUUCAUAAUUGAUAACACUUUCAAAAUUCAUAUUAGUUAUCGCAAAGAUAAACACAUGUUUCAUUAGACACCUGUAAUGAUCUGUAUCUACCUUGUCAACAUUUAUGCAUCGAUUUUGCGUUAAUAUUCAAGUAUCGCAUAAUCUAGUGUUUGACACGAUCUUUAUCUGAAUAGCCGAUGCCAAUCGUUUACACAACUGUUAAUUUUAAAAGAUGCAAAAUUUUAUCUCGUCUGACUAGACGGCCGUCUAGUCAAAAUUUAUCAAGAAGAAAGUAAAGGGGUUCAGAAGCAAAAAAUAAUCGAUUUUUUUUUAUUGCUUAAAUCGAUAGUAUUCUAUCCAGAGAACAUAUUUCUAUACCCUAAGUAUGAAUAAGCACCGGAACAGUUUAAAAUAAGCGCCAAACGCCGGCGUGUCCCGAGCGCUCCCGAACGGUUCGGAGCAGGGCGCUCGGCGCGCACUUUCUACCAUCUUUUUUCGCCUUUGAAUGUUCUCAAAGGCAUAGUAAUGUAUACGUGCACACUUCUAAGUGUAUCUAAAGCAGCUGAGCGUGUAGAUGACUAUAGUUUGACAUAACCUUUCGAAUGUAACCGUUAGUCGAGCGUGGCGUUGUUUACUUUGUACCAGUGCUCGUGUAUUUGAUUUUAUAUAUUCGAAAUAAUGUCUACUUAUCCGAAACGAAGCAGAGCAGAUGCAACACGAUCGGCAAGGCCAAAAAAACGGAAGUUUCAUGGCAAUCAGUUUUCCGAGAGAGGCGACGAGUCUGUUGAAGACAAUGCGACCGCACGAAAAAUAUCUACGGCAACAGCUGAAGAUGUAGUCGUCAAGUUACAUCACUUUUAUCGUAUUAUCGAGUUCGUAAGUGUAUUUGCAGCAAUUCAAGAGUUCGUUAUAUGCCGUAAUUGCAAGAGGAAUAUUAACUUUUAUGAGACGUGCCCUCGUGGGCUUGGAUUUAAAAUUGCUGCUAGAUGUGUCUGUGGAACGCGCUCGAUUAAUUCAGGACCAUUAAUAAAUAACGGCUUUGAAAUAAACAGACAUAUUGUGCUUGUCAUGCGACUCCUAGGUGUGGGUUUGCAAGGUCUAAAUUUAUUUUGUAACAUGAUGGAUAUCGGCAAAGGUAUGUGCCAAGACACUUACGAGUCCGUAGUAACUCAUCUGUGUGAUGCGUCGAAAAUUGUGUUUGAUGCUAUGUGUUUACGAGUCGUACAGCAAGAGAAAGAAGAAAACGAGAAGAAGGAAAGGCCUUAAUGUAAUAAUUUUAAAGUGUCAGGAGAUGGCUCUUGGAAAAAGCGGGGCUUUACUUCUUUAUACGGAGUGACAACGUUAAUCGCAUAUUAUACUGGAAAAGUUAUAGAUAUUGUUGUAAAAAGCAGUGUUUGUAAAGCCUGUGUUUGUUGGAAAAAUAAAGAUAGCGAAGAGUACAUCCAAUGGUUUGAAGAACACAAGGACGAGUGUGCAUUGAAUCACACGGGCAGUGCGGGUAAAAUGGAGGUGGAUGCAAUAAAAGAAAUGUUUUUGGCAUCGGAGGAAAAGUAUGGAGUGCGGUAUCUCAAUUAUAUCGGCGAUGGCGACUCAAAAACGUUCAAAGCAAUAUUGGAUCUAAAUCCCUAUGGAGACGAGUUUCCUGUUGUGAAAAGUGAGUGCGUCAAUCACAUUGAAAAAAGACUGGGCACCCGACUGCGCAACGUAAAAAAAGAGAAAAAAUUCGACGAUAAGGGAAAAUUGACCGACGGCCUCAUUAAAAAAAUAACUAAGUACUACGGCUUAGCUAUAAUGAGAAAUAUUGACUCUGUAAAAGCCAUGCAAAAUGAUAUAAUGGCAACUUAUUUGCACAUGAUCUCAACCGAUGAAAAUCCAAGGCACGAAAAUUGUCCCGAAGGCGAGGACAGCUGGUGCAAGUAUCGUCGCGCGCAAAGUCUCGGUGAAGAGUAUAAACAUCCAGCUCCGUUGCAUAAAGACGUCGCGGAAGCAAUUUUACCGAUUUUCCAAGAUCUUUCCAGAGAAGAUUUACUUGAAAGAUGCCUGGGAGGACAUACGCAAAAUGCAAAUGAAAGCUUCAACGCGACGGUGUGGCGGCUCGCACCGAGACAUCUUAAUUCGGGACGAAAAAUUAUAGAAAUAGCAUCUUAUAUUGCUGCUGGAAUUUUUAACGAAGGAUUUUUAUCAGUUUUGCGGAUCAUGGAAUGCAUGGGGUUAGUUAUAGGGUCAGUCUGUAGAAACUUUUCAAGUCAAAUGGACGAAAAUCGCACGAAUGCCCAGAGGCGUCGCAGUAGGAGCGUUUCACAAAUUAGACGAUUACAUCAAAAACAAAAGCAACUAGAGCAAAAUGAGAGAUAUGAAGAGGCUGAGGGCUUAUUGUAUGGAUCAGGGAUAGCCGACUAACGGAAAAAACCACACGAUUCUACGAGGCGCUAGAGUGCUCGCAGAUUUGAAGAAAUUGUUUUAAGGCGCCUGCAUAUUCCAGCUCUAACUUUUGUAUAUGUCAGCAUAAUUGUUUAUAAAAAUUUAUUUAAACAGUUCAAUAUAUGAACAAGUGGUAAAAACCGCAAAAAGAUUCAUUGAGUUGUUUUUCUAAAAAAAAAUUCACGCAAAAAGGCUU